AUGGCAGAAUUCUCCGCCAACAAGCAGGUCUCCGCAUCCACCAAAGCUACACCAUUCUUCGCGAACUAUGGAUUCCACCCCUGUUUCACAGUGACGAUUAAAUCGCUCGACAGGACCCCACCGAGUCUCAAUGCUAAAGACUUCGCCUCGAAGAUGAAAGAACUCCAUGAGUACUUACGUUCCAACAUCCGCACGGCGCAGGAUCAACAAGAGCAGGCCGUCAACACUAAACGAACGCCGGCCCUACGGUACGAUGUCGGUGAUAUGGUGUUUGUUUCAGCAAAAAACAUCCGAACCACGCGUAACUCCCGGAAGCCGGACUGGAAGAAACUGGGACCGUUCCCCACUAAAGAAAUUAUAUCGCCAUAUGCGUAUCGAGUUGACCUGCCUAGGAGUAUGAAAAUGCACCCCGUCUUCCAUGUAUCAUUGCUAGACCCCGCUGCAAACGAUCCUGUACCGGGCCAAAUUCAACCACUACCCCCACCUAUUAUCGUUGAGCAGGAGGGGGAGUAUGCAGUUGAGGAAGUCUUGGACUCGCAAGAAUUACGGAAUACUGGCCUGCAAUAUUUUGUUAAAUGGACAGGCUAUACCGACCCUACCUGGGAACCCGCCGCAUACCACGACAAUACCGUCGCCGUCGAUAUCUUCCAUACACAUUACCCUGACAAACCUGGACCGUUGGAAGGCAAGAUUAAUGUUAAGGCUCGCAGGAGCUCGCGCUUGAAGGGAGGGGCUACUUUCAUGGAUCGACUAGUGGAGGAACGGGUUUACGAAGAGUUGGCUUAG